GAGAGCAAUUUUGUUUUCCGAGGUCUUUCAUGAGGACUAAAAUUUAAUGUGCAAUAAAUAUUAUCCGUGUAACAGAAAAAAUUGCCUUAAAAGAGAAAUAAACUGGAAUUUAAUUGUUUAAACAAUGGCUAUGUAUAAUGAUCAGUUCUUUUCUGACUAUAAAGAAGUUUGGAGCAGGUCAGAUUUUCCUCUGACUCUAGAAUCUGAAAUAAUAAGAUCUAAUUCAAACUCGACAGAAGCAAGUUAUGAUAAUCCUAUGAAGUCUUUACUAUCUCUUGAUGAAACUAUUUUGAAUAAUUUGGAAAUUGAUAAUGACAAAGUCAACCAAAAUUGCAUAGAAAAUGAAUCUAUCAAUGAAUCUUGGUUCAAUGAUGAUUUAGAUAAAUCUAGAUUUGCAGAUACUGCAAGUCAAAUAAAUAGUGAUAUUUUGAGUCGGAACAUUACUGCUGAUUUGAACAACUCUGUUAGUUUAUUAAAGAAAAAAUUAUUUCUAACACAUACAAAUCAAGAAAAUUCAGUUAAAAGAAGACAUAUAGAUUUAAGUAAGAAUGAUGUUACUCCAAAAUCGUUUUUUGGGUUGCCUGAUAAAGUAAAGAAUCUUAUUAGAAAUUACAAAGGAAUAGACAAACUUUAUGAUUGGCAGGAAAAAUGUCUAAACAUGCUUGCAAUAGGUGAAAGAAAGAAUCUCAUUUAUGCUUUACCAACAAGUGGUGGUAAAACUCUUGUGGCAGAAAUAUUAAUGCUUAAAGAAAUUGUGUGUAGAAAGAAAAAUGCAAUGUUUAUUCUUCCAUUUGUAGCAUUAGUCCAAGAAAAAAUUCAAUCAAUGACACCUUUUGCCUUAGAACUCAAUUUUCUCAUUGAAGAAUAUGCAGCGGAAAAAGGUCAUUUCCCACCAAGGAAAAGAAGAAAAAAAAAUUCGUUAUACGUGUGUACUAUAGAAAAAGCACAAACAAUUAUUAAUUGUCUUAUUGAAUUGAAUCGACUAGAUGAGUUAGGAAUUAUUGUAGUUGAUGAGUUACACUUAUUAGGAGAAAACGGUGGAAGAGGAGCUACUUUGGAAUGUUUAUUAACAAAAGUAAUAUUCUCUGAACGAAAUAUUCAAAUAAUUGGGAUGAGUGCAACAAUUGGCAAUUUAAGAGAGAUAGCUAGAUUUUUAAAUGCAGAAUUAUAUCAGCAAAAUUUCAGACCAAUUGAGAUCAAAGAGUAUGUGCAGUGUGGAAAUUCUAAAUGGCUCAUCGAUAAAAGAGAAGAAAACAUGUUUACUAGAGAGAAAAUAAUUAAUUAUCAGUACACCGAAAAAGCUCGCGAAAGAGACAAAGAUUUUUUGGGUGGUUUAGUUAUGGAAGUGGCACCAAAAGAUUCUUGUUUAGUAUUCUGUUCUACAAAAAAGAAUUGUGAAAAUGUAGCUGUACUUCUUGUUGAUGUACUGCAAGGAAAAAAAACGGAAAUGCAAAAACACAAAGCGGAGGAAAAACUUAUACUUCUAAAUGCUCUGAUAACUGAAAAUGGACAGAUUUGCCCGAUUCUAAGGAAAACUAUUCCAUUUGGAUUUGCUUAUCAUCACUCAGGAUUAACUGCUGAAGAAAGAAGAUUAAUUGAGGAAGCUUUUAAAUCCGGUGUCUUGUGCGUUAUAUGUUGCACAUCAACUUUGGCAGCAGGAGUUAAUCUCCCAGCCAGAAGGGUAAUUAUACGAUCUCCUUACGUUGGCACACAAUUUCUAAAUAUUAGUCGGUAUAAACAAAUGAUUGGCAGAGCAGGCAGAGCUGGUUUAGGGGAAAUAGGAGAGAGCAUUUUAAUAUGCGCCAAAACUGAUGCUGAGAAGGUGCGGGAAUUAUUGAGCUCAAAAAUGGAUGACUCUAUAAGCUCGCUACACGAAGAGAAAGAUCGCGGAAUCAAUAAUUUGAUUAUCAGCUCAGUUCUUUUAUCUGUAGCUUCAACAAGAGCCGAUGUACACAAAAUUAUGUCAAAAACGCUAUUAAAAGUACAAGAAGACCGACUUUGCGUUUCAGUCAAAGAAGUUACCGAUAAAGCUCUAGUAUCAUUACUAAGAAACCAUAUUCUUAGGUUGAAAGAAACAAAUUCAAUAAAAUCAGAUUCAAAUCUAGAUACCAGUGUUAGAUUUCCUACACAGAUUGAACAAAACGAAGUUGACGAAGAAACGAAAAAAUCUGUAAAGAAAACGAAAAAUAUCAUCUACUUGACUAAUAGUACAGAGCUAGAACUUUGUCCUCUUGGAAAAGCAGCAAUGAAGGGAUCUAUCGAUUUACAUACUGCUGAAAAAUUAUAUGAAGAUUUAAAGAUAGCUCAACAAAAUUUAAUUCUUGACAAUUACUUACAUCUUCUAUAUUUAAUUACUCCUUUCGAGAAAGUUAGUCAAGUAAAGCCGGUUGGCGAUGUUUAUUAUGAUACUAUUAUGAAAUUACCACCAAAUGAAAUGCAGGUUGCUAAAUUGCUCGGUAUAAACGAAGCAACUGUGAUCAGAAUACGCGCAGGAAUGCCUACUUCCUCUGUUAGUACUGCUGUAAUAAACAAAUUCUACGUAACUCUCAUGUUACACGAACUGUGGCAUCGACGACCGAUUCAUAAGGUAGCUGCAAAAUAUCAAGUCGAUCGUGGAACAAUACAAAAUUUGUUAAGUUCUGCAUCUUCUUUUUCUUCAUCGAUCGUUCGAUUUUGUCAAGAAUUGGAUGAAUUUUGGGUAUUCAAGAAUCUAUUAUCCGAGUUUGGUCAAAAGUUAACGUACUGUUGUGCUGCUGAACUGGAACCAUUAAUGGAAUUACCGUUUGUUAAAAUUGGACGAGCCAUGCAAUUGUACAGAGCGGGAUAUCAAACUUUACAGUCAGUUGCAAAAGCGAAACCAGACGAGAUGGUGGAUAAAAUCAAUCAUUUACCGAGAAGAAUUGUUUCACAAAUUAUUUCUGCAGCUAAGUUGCUGGUGCUAAAGAAAGUUGAAAAUUUACGAGAUGAAGUAGAAGAUGUUCUGGAUGGUUUGGAAAUUUAAAACUUUUUGUUUACAACAUUAUGACGACUAGUGAAACGUACUAUAUGACUGUGAUAUUAGUUGAAACAAUUAUACUAUAUUUCUGAUUAUUAUUUACAGAAUUUAUUUAUUUAUCAAAGCUGUAAUUCUCUUUUUGUUUCAUAUGAUGGUAAAAAUGCCGCAUUACAGUAAUGUGAAAUUCGA